GCAGCGCGCGCAACAGGUCACUUCCGGGACGAGAAAGCCGCACUUACCUAGCGGCGACAUGGAUGCUGCCGGCGAAAGCGAAGAGCCGGUCUCUGGGGAAGCGUUGUCCAUCGCCCAUGCGCUCUCUCACCCUCCGGAGUCAUAUGGCAACGACCCUGAUAUUGAAAUGGCUUGGGCCAUUCGAGCAAUGCAGCAUGCUGAAGUCUAUUAUAAACUGAUUUCAUCAGUUGACCCACAGUUUCUGAAACUCACCAAAGUAGAUGACCAAAUCUACUCUGAGUUCCGUGAGAUUUUUGAGACACUCAGGGUAGAUGUAUUGGACCCAGAAGAACUCAAAUCAGAAUCAGCUAAAGAAAAGUGGAGACCAUUCUGCUUAAAAUUUGAAGGGAUCGUAGAAGAUUAUAACUACGGGACUUUACUGCGACUGGAUUGUUCCCAGGGCUACACUGAAGAGAACACCAUCUUUGCACCCAGGAUUCAAUUUUUUGCCAUUGAAAUUGCUCGGAACCGGGAAGGCUAUAAUAAAGCAGUUUCCGUCAGUAUUCAGGACAAAGAAGGAGAGGAAGGAGCUGGCAAUAAAGAAGAAGCAGCUGAGAAAGGAGCUGAUAGUGGAGGAGAAAAAGAGGAAGGAGCCAACAGAGAAGGAGAAAAGUAGGAAACUAACGAGGGAGGAGAAAAAGAAAGCCAAGAAACCCGUGACUCAGCUGAACUCACACGUGUCUGCUGUACACAGCCCCCUUUGGUUCAGUGAUGCCCUUGUGCAAGUGGAGGACUCAAACGGACAUCUUUCUAGCUAGCAAGAGAAGCUACUCUGGCCAUAAUAGCUUAAACACCCUUAGUGGAGUCUCUUAAUUCAUUAUUGCUUGAUACCCUGUUUCUUGGCUUUAACUGUUGUUGAAAUAAGGCAUUUUGUAAAUAAAUUCCUUUUGGUUUAUUUUACUAAUGACUGAUCUUAGAAAGUAUUUACAUUUAUUUGAUACUUCACAAUGUCAGGUAUAUAAUCUCAUCACAGUAUCUCAUAUAAAACUCUCUAUUAAUUCUUCUCCCUGUUCUCAGUAGUGAAAUUCUCUUAACCUGUUAGCUUGUACCUGGUAUCAGGAUUAAAAGUCUAUAUAAGAAUAGACUCUUAGCCAGACUUAAGUGACUCAUACUUGUAAUUCCAAUACCUGAGAGGCUGAGGUAAGAGAGUUCCAUGACUUUGAGGUUAGUGUGACCUACAGAGUGAGACCCUGUCUCAAAAAUGAAUUGUUUAAAAAAAAAUGGCUUUUUCCUUUGUGGUGACUAUAGCUCUCUGAUUUCCUUUACUGUUUUGGAAGGAUAUGUAUACCUGGAACAGCAGCCUGAACGGUCAGGUUAGAGAGUGCAGCCCAUUCAUUAGAGAAGAGCAAGGGCCUUUACUUCCUUUUAGAGCAUUGUUGUCAUUUGUUUAUUGGUUGGUUGGUUGGUUGGUUUUUCUGAGAUGGAGUCUCACCUUAUAGACCAUUCUGGCCCAGUACCAGUACUCACUAUGUAGGUCAGACUAGCUUCAUACUCACAAUCCUGCCUUGUUCAUCCUCUCAUAGCUACGUUGUUAACCUGAAACUUAGCCAGUAGCAAUAAAUGCUAAUAUAGUACUUAUAAUGUGAUAUAUGACUGAGAAAGUGGUUUCCCAUAUAUAAUGUUAUAGACAAGAGCAUAUAUUUAUAUUUGACAUAUAAACAUUUGUUGAUUUGAAAUGGGAGGGAGGUGUUUCCUUCUCAGGUGAAGCUGUUCAGAGUGAAGAAAGACUUCAGUUAUCUACUCAGGUUCGUGUGCAUCUACAACAGAGUUUGAUCACUGAAAGUUAAAGGAAACCACAACCCUUGCGGUGCAUACAGACAAUACUCUCUCAAGCGGAACUAUAACAUUCUUGUGUAAGAAAGGAUUUAUUGCCAGGUGGGGACCUGGGAGGCAGAGGCAGGUGAAUAUCUGAGUUUGAGGCUACCCUGGUCUACAUAUAGAGUGAGUAAGGGCUUCACAGCAAAGCCCUGCCUCAUAAAUAUACAGUUCUAUUUGAGGAUAAAUGUAUUGAAUACUAGGAAAAUAACACUUUCAAUGCUUUUAUUGGAAAAUUCUUAAGAGUAUUUCAAACAUUUAUUAAAACUUUCCUUUUAUAAAAAUGUAUAGCUUUGAAAGAGUUGGAGAGUCCCUUGUAUUUCAUACUAGCCAGGCUGUUAAAAAAAAAUCUAUACUGUGUAAUUUUCUUUAGUUGCAUGUCAAUAUAUAUUAUCUUAGAAGUUGAGGAAGAAAAAGUAUUGACCACAUAUAAUUGCAGUUCCAUCACAGAGCCUGAAGCAGCCUGCACAGGUCUGCACCAGGUCCUGUGUGGAUUUAUUAUGAUUUCCAGGUUAGGAUUUUAUGGGAUUUCUUAGUAUGAGACUAAGUGGGUCUCGAUUUCUUCCACUUUUUUUUGAGCUCUUUUUCUUCUCUUUGUUUUGUCCAAUUCCAAUGUGUUAGUUUUUAUUUUAUCCUUUUUAUUUUUAUUAGUAUUCCUUAAAAGCCUGUUUUCUAAUGAGAGACAGAAAAGGGGUGAAUCCACAUGGGAGGGGAGGUGGGAUGAGGGAAGGGGAACCAUAAUCAGGAUGUAUUAUGUGAAAAAGAAUCUAUUUUCAAUAAAAGGAAAAAAAU